AUGGAAAACUGGGUUUUGCAGGUUACGAACGUGGUGACAGCAUUGCCUGAAAAUAAAACAAUAGAGGUGAGCAAGACCCAAGAGACUCAGCCAGAGGAAACCGUGGUUACACCAGUAGCCCCAGUCCGGGAGGCAGAGCCAGUGGCUGCUGAAGAAGAACCAAAGGCGGAGGCUGCAGCAGCAACAGAAGAAGUACCAGUAGCAGUACCGGCGGAGGUUGAAGUCGAGAGCAUGGAAGUUGUUGAGGAACCUAAAGUUGCUGCUGAAGAGCCAGUAGUGGUGGUUGAGGAGGAGAAACCAGCAGAAGAAGUGGUUCCAGAGGUGAAGCAAGAAGAGGCUUUCGUUGUUACUGCCUUUGUUCCUGCUGUGUGGCUGAUCUAA